UCCUUUUAGAGUAUCUUCACCUUCCUUGGCGUAAAAGAAAAUCUGUCUCGUCUCCUCCGCUCCUUGCGCCAUCUCGCGGCUGAACAGGGGAGGGGCGCCGAUUUCUCCAUCUGGCGAGCAGAGCAGGGGGAGGGGAGGGGAUCCUGAGAUGGCGAGCACAGCAUGCUUUGUGAUUGUGAGUAAAAAUGAUAUUCCAAUCUACGAGGCUGAAGUUGGGUCUGCUCCCAAGAGAGAAGAUCAAGCUUAUCAGCACCAGUUCAUAUUGCACGCUGCAUUAGAUGUUGUUCAGGACCUUGCAUGGGCUACAAACACAAUGUUUCUGAAGUCAGUAGACAGAUUUGAUGAUCUUGUGGUGUCUGUUUAUGUAACUGCUGGUCAUACUAGAUUUAUGUUACUUCAUGACUCAAGGAGCGAGGAUGGAAUAAAAAGUUUCUUCCAGGAGGUUCACGAACUCUACAUCAAGAUCUUCCUCAAUCCACUCUACCUACCUGGUUCUCGCAUCACAUCCUCUCAUUUUGAUACUAAGGUCAGGGCUCUUGCAAGGAAAUACCUGUAGCAUAUAACCAGGUGAAGACUCUGUAAGCUCCACACCGCCCUGUAUUCUAGUGAGUAGCACUUGCCUUGUACUAGUUCUUCUACAAUUGAAUGAACGUAGAUCCUGAGACUAGCCUAGCAGUACCAUUUACUAUUGAAUGAACAUAGAUCCUCUAAUGAUCUUGUACUAGAAAAGUGCUCUGUUUGUCUUUUCCGGAGUUAGUAGACGCCCAUUCCUUGCCUGUACUGUACUUCUACCCAGAGAUUAUAUGUACUAGUAGUAUAAAAUAUCUCUCACCCAUCGAAGUUUAGUGGGAAAUUUAUGUCGAUCGCCUUGUUUCUGACAUGCUCUGCUGCUAAGAUAAUACUAGUGUCCUUGACCCCGAUCCUGUGAACAUGGUUUGUUGCGCAUCGGUACUGUACUGUUUGUACCAUGAUACUGUAGUCUCUGUAGUUAUUAUAGUUAUGCCAGGAAACUGGAGGGUGGUGCUGCAGCAUUUAUCAGAGAUAUAUGAGGUCAAGUAGGUGUAUGUAGCAGCAGUAAAUACUGCAGGACAAUCCAACUGACCAGGCACUGUUAGCUUUCACCGACUGCUUUCCGAUCCAAGAUCGAAGAGAAGAAAUGGAUAAAUGGAUGGGUUAUGGUCAAUUGCUUAUGGGGACGAAGUAAAUAUUUUAUACUAUAAAGCUAAAAGCAGCUUGGAACAAGUUAUCCAAACAGUGUUGGUGUAGAAAGGUUUUGGAGAAAUUGCAAUUUGGAGUGUGGCACAAAUAGUCCGACAUAAUUUGCCCCCUGUAAUUAAAAAAAGGAGCAUUGCAGAACUAUGUUUAUACAUGAGUUAGGCACCUGUUCAUAUUCGGAUUUGACAAGGUUUAUGGUCCCUUUGUAUCAAAAGAUUUGUAGAGGAAUUUCAAGGGGAAUCCUAUAUGAAAAUUUUCUA